AUGAAAAAAGUUAGUCACUAUGCCACCUGCUCCUGCUUGAGUGACAGGAAAAAGUACCCCUCUUUCUUCAGAACAAUCCCCAGUGAUGCCUUUCAGGUGCGGGCUAUGGUUCAGAUCUUGAGGCAUUUUGGAUGGACCUGGGUUGGCCUUGUCUACAGUGAUGAUGAUUACGGCAUCUAUGCUGCUCAGUUAUUUCAGCAGGAAAUGCAGCUAUUUGGACAUUGUGUUGCUUUUUCUGAAAAGCUUCCACAUGAUAACAACCACAGAGACAUUCAACGUAUAACGGGAGUGAUCCAGGCCUCUACAGCUAGAGUAGUGGUUGUUUUUCCCUCUGCAUCCUUUCUGCUACCAUUGAUGGAAGAGGUUGUGUUGCAAAACAUGACAGGAAAGCAGUGGAUUGCAAGUGAAGCUUGGGCCACCUCACCUGUAUACCACACUCCACGUUUCCUGCCCUUCCUGGGGGGCACACUGGGAAUCGCUAUCAGACGUGGAGAGAUUGAGGGUCUUCAUGACUUUCUGCUACGCCUCCGCCCCAGUAAUGAUUCAAGAAAUAAUAUGUUGAGGAUUUUCUGGGAGAACAUGUUCAGGUGUAGUUUUGGAAAUGGGGGAAGAGUGAUAGAUGGAGAGCAAGUGAAAAAGGUGUGUACAGGACAGGAGAAUCUGAGCACCACAAACACACCAUACACUGAUGUUUCAGGGUUGAGAGCAGCUUAUAAUGUCUAUAAGGCAGUUUAUGCCCUGGCACAUGGACUUCAUAACCUGAUGCAGUGUGAGGAGGGUAGAGGACCAUUCAGUGGGAACAGAUGUGCUGACAUAAUCAACCUGAAACCCUGGCAGGUAAGAACCAAUUGUAUAGUGCAGAUUCUAUUCAGGCCUAUAGAAAAGCUGAAGAUGGAAAUUCAAAUACUGUAAGUGCUGUAUAUUAAUUCAACACUUGCUCUGUCUACAAACUGUACAGCUGGUUCACUACCUCCAGAAAGUGAACUUCACCACAACCUUUGGGGAUCAAGUGACAUUUGAUAAGAACGGAGAUGCUCUGCCUAUCUAUGAUGUGCUAAACUGGCAGCCAAGCUCUGAUGGAUCAAUAAGGACUUACACAGUCGGUGUAGUAAAUAAAGGGGCGGCAACAGAGAUGGUGCUCACACUUGAUGAGGAUGCAAUAUACUGGAACUUUGAGACA